GGGUGAACACCGCGGCAGUGGAGCACCGGAGACUGUGAAGAGCAUGGGGAGCCUUUGUCGUGCAGCGUGAAACCCUUGUAAACCCUCGUAAAUCCUCAUCCCGAGACCUUCAAAUUUUAGCCUGGGAGACCCGAAAUCCCCUGACCCUGAGAAGCUCCAAAUCCUCUCAGCCUCAAGAGACCCCAAAUCCUGCCAUCUUGCGGGACCUAAAAUCCCCUCAGCAUGAAACCCGCAAAAUACUUCAGGGACCCCAAAUCCCUUCACCCAGAGGAACAUCUCCUAAUGCUUAAGACAUUCUGAGCCUGAGGAGCCACAAUUCCCCUCACACUAUGGCACCCUAAAUCCCUCAGCCUGAGGAACCCUAAAUAUCUCACCCACAGAGACCAAAUUUCCCCAACCUCAGAUAACCUAAAUAGCCUGAAAACUCAACCCCUUCAGCUUCAAGGACCAAAUAACCUCAGCGUCAAAGACCCUAAAACUCCUUAAUGAGAGAUCCAAAUUUCCUUUACCUGAAAUCCAGAAUUUCCUCAACCUCAAAGAUCCCAAAUCCUUUCAUCCCAAGGAAUCCCAAAUCCCCUUAACCUGAUGAAUCUCAAAUCCUGUCAACUUGAGCACCCCAAAUCUCUUCAACCUAAAAGACCCCAAAUCUCAUCCUGAAAAACCACAGAUACUAUCAGCCUGAGGCAUACCAAAGCUCCUCAGUUUGAGAUACCCCAAAUUCCCUCAAUCCGAUAAACCCCAAUUUCUUCAGUCUAAGACAUUUCAAAUCCCUUCAGCCUGAGGGACCCCAAAUCUCAACCUGAGAGAUAGUUUCCCCUUAAAGAUGCAGACUGCUUUACUCCUGGAUUUUUCUAGAAUCCUCAGGUAGAGAUCCCGAAAUUCUGUCUAUGAAAAAUGUUCAUUUUGCCUCCCUGAAACAGAACCCUGCUCCUCAGUCUGACCCAAGUCCCAGCAGUCAGGGGGUCUCAAGGUCUCCUUGGGACUCCUCUGGCUCUCACACCUCAGGACUCCCCUAAAACACCGGUAGCUACAACCCUCCAGCCACCUGUGCCACCCUUCUCCAAAUGAGCCAAGCUGCAGCGGAACUAAAAGAACAAAACCCAGCUUAUAUUAGGUGGUAGCUCAUGGCCAGUGGAGGUCUUCCCAUCCCAUCAGUACCCCCAGACCUCCCUGGGGUGCUUGAGACCUCACCAGGAACCCACAUCUUUCUGCUCUGAACACCCCAGCCAGAUGGAGAAGACAGAGCCUGGUUCUGGGUAGUGCUCAGGGCUGUUGCCUGCUCUCAGCACCUUCUCCUUCCACAGGAGCCUUUGGCCUAGGAGCUGGGAGACUCAGAGCCCUUCCCACACUUGGAAUUGGAGCAAGGCCUUCUAGACAGUCCCAGCACCAUGAGCCCUGAAAGGUCCCAAGAGGAGAGCCCAGAAGAAGACACAGAGAGAACAGAGCGGAAGCCCACGGUCAAAGAUGCCUUCAAAGACAUUUCCAUAUACUUCACCAAGGAAGAAUGGGCAGAGAUGGGAGACUGGGAGAAAACUCGCUAUAGGAAUGUGAAAAGGAACUAUAAUGCACUGAUUACUAUAGGUCUCAGAGCCACUCGACCAGCUUUCAUGUGUCACCGAAGGCAGGCCAUCAAACUCCAGGUGGAUGACACAGAAGAUUCUGAUGAAGAAUGGACACCUAGACAGCAAGUUAAACCUCCUUGGAUGGCCGUAAGAGUGGAACAGAGUAAACACCAGAAGGGAAUGCCCAAGGCAUCAUUCAAUAAUGAAUCUAGUUUGAAAGAAGUGUCAGGAAUGGCAAAUUUACUGAAUACAAGUGGCUCAGAGCAGGCUCAGAAACCAGUGUCCCCUCCUGGAGAAGCAAGGACCUCUGGACAGCACUCUAGACUAAAACUGGAACUCAGGAGGAAGGAGACUGAAGGAAAGAUGUAUAGUCUGCGAGAAAGAAAGGGUCAUGCAUACAAAGAGGUCAGCGAGCCGCAGGAUGAUGACUACCUCUAUUGUGAGAUGUGUCAGAACUUCUUCAUUGACAGCUGUGCUGCUCAUGGGCCCCCUACAUUUAUAAAGGACAGUGCAGUGGAAAAGGGGCAUCCUAACCGUUCAGCCCUAAGUCUGCCCCCGGGGCUGAGAAUUGGGCCAUCAGGCAUCCCUCAGGCCGGGCUUGGAGUAUGGAAUGAGGCAUCUGAUCUGCCGCUGGGUCUGCACUUUGGCCCCUAUGAGGGCCGAAUUACACAGGACGAAGAGGCAGCCAACAAUGGAUACUCUUGGCUGAUCACCAAGGGGAGAAACUGUUAUGAGUAUGUGGAUGGAAAAGAUAAAUCCUGGGCCAACUGGAUGAGGUAUGUGAACUGUGCCCGGGAUGAUGAAGAGCAGAACCUGGUGGCCUUCCAGUACCACAGGCAGAUCUUCUAUAGAACCUGCCGAGUCAUUAGGCCAGGCUGGAACUGCUGGUCUGGUAUGGGGAUGAGUAUGGCCAGGAACUGGGCAUCAAAUGGGGCAGCAAGUGGAAGAAAGAGCUCAUGGCAGGGAGAGAACCAAAGCCAGAGAUCCAUCCAUGUCCCUCAUGCUGUCUGGCCUUUUCAAGUCAGAAAUUUCUCAGUCACCACGUGGAACGCAAUCACUCCACUCAGAACUUCCGAGGACCAUCUGCAAGAAGACUCCUCCAACCAGAGAAUCUCUGCUCAGGGGAUCAGAAUCAGGAGCAGCAAUAUUCUGAUCCACGCAGCUGUAAUGACAAAACCAAAGGUCAAGAGAUCAAAGAAAGGUCCAAACUCUUGAAUAAAAGGACAUGGCAGAAGGAGAUUUCAAGGGCCUUUUCUAGCCCACCCAAAGGACAAAUGGGGAGCUCUAGAGUGGGAGAAAGAAUGA